AUGCCCUAUUCUCACAGCAGUAUCGCAUCUACAAAUGGCAUGGCAUUUUCUCAAUCACAGAUGGGCUCCUUCAAUGCUUCCCAAUCUGUGGCUUCUACCCCCAGGGAUACCCCUCCCCCGAAAGGAUCGCAGCAAUCUACCAUGUCCUUUGGUUACCCGAACGGUCUGCCGAAUGGUUCUAGGGGAAGUUUUGGUGGGUUUGAAGAAAUGACUAGCUACGGAGCAAUGAUCCAAUACCACGAUGAGUUUAAACCUCAAAUCUACAGGGCCGUCUACUCGAAUGUGUCCGUCUACGAAAUGGAAGUCAAUGGAGUUGCUGUGAUGAAGCGUCGCGCAGAUUCCUGGUUGAAUGCCACCCAGAUUCUCAAAGUUGCUGGCGUUGUGAAAGCGCGACGGACCAAGACGCUAGAAAAAGAAAUAGCGGCCGGCGAGCAUGAGAAGGUCCAGGGAGGCUACGGUAAAUACCAGGGGACUUGGGUUAAUUACCAAAGGGGGGUGGAUCUUUGUCGCGAAUACCAUGUCGAAGAGUUACUGAGACCCCUUCUCGAAUAUGACAUGGGCCCGAAUGGUGCUACCGGCCCUUCUCAGGACACGUUAGACACGCCUACCAAAGAACAGGCGAUGGCUGCCCAGAGAAAACGUCUCUACAGUGGUAUGGAUAAUCGCGGUUUGGCUCAACCUCAGCAGGGCACGUUCUUCCAAAAUAUAUCGCGCACGGCGGCUACGGCCGUUAAUGCCAUGAGUAAAGCCCGCUUCGACUCACCCGCAGCGCGCAGUGUGGAGGGAAGGCGGUCCAGUGUUAUCCGGAAGCCACCAAACCAGAUGGGCAGUCAGGAAUCACAGAUCCCUUUCAGCAGUCAACAAAGCAUGUACAGUGUGGCAUCCGAUAGUGGGUUUGGCAGCAACCUGCAGAAUAAUGGUCGGUAUCCUGCCGCUGAUACCGCAACCUUCGAGCAUGACGAGUCUAUGGAACCUCCUCGCAAGCGCGUCCGCUCUUCCUCAAACCAUGCACACUCCCUUAGCCUCGGCUAUGAGCCUUCAUCAUUGUCCAUGAACGAGCCGACACCGACGGAGCCCAAUGAUUCAUUCUACCAGGAUAUGGAUAUCUCGACCUUGGAGGUUGACAGUAACAAGCGGGGCACGGAGCCUCUCCUUCCGGCCACAACUCCGGAGAGAUUUCAGAAGAUGAAACUGAUCAUGACCCUGUUUCUGGACAAACGGACGAAGGAUUUCUCUACCCACCCUGCCCUGAUGCAGCUCACCGGUGAAGAUCUUGAGAUCCCGCUUGAUGAAUAUCGCAACAACGCUUUGCAUUGGGCAGCGAUGCUUGCACGGAUGCCCUUGGUUCAUGCUUUGGUCGAGAAAGGGGUGAGCAUAUUCCGGCUCAACGGAGCAGGCGAAACGGCGCUACAGAAAUCGGUUGGAACACGGAACAACCUUGAUUACAGGAGCUUCCCGCGGUUGCUACAAGUACUAGCCCCAACCAUAGACAUGGUGGACUACAGUGGACGAACGAUCUUGCAUCAUAUCGCGGUCAUGGCUGCUACAGGGGGUGGAGGUCAUGUGUCUGCCAAACACUACCUCGAGGCUUUGCUGGAAUUUAUAGUUCGGCAUGGUGGUACAUCAUUAAGCCAGCAGGCUCUUAAUGGGCCUUUGGAGAACGAUCAGAGCACAUUGAACGGAGAGGUCAUCACUUUGGGUCGGUUCAUUUCGGAAAUCGUCAACCUACGGGAUGACCAAGGAGACACGGCGCUCAAUCUAGCCGGACGUGCGCGUUCUGUCCUUGUACCUCAGCUUCUGGAAGUAGGCGCAGACCCUCAUAUACCCAACCACACAGGUCUUCGACCAGCAGAUUAUGGCGUGGGGGUAGAUAUGGUUGAUGGCAACUUGCAGUCCUCGCAGACUGGAAACAAGAACGAUUCUUUCAUCGACCAGCUCGCCAAAACAAAGAAAGAAAUUCUGGAUGCAACCAUGGCUGAGAUCAGCUCGAUAGUACAGGAAACACUAGGUACCAUUGACAAGGAGCUAGCCGCGACGUUAAACCAAAAGCAAGAGAAGUUCGAGCACUGGCAUUCCCGAAUCCGCGAAUCCGCAAAGGCUCGACAGAUCGAACAGAAGCAACUCGACGACCUUAAGCGAAAAUCGUCGGACCGUGUAGAGCUGGGUAGGCGGUUGAAGAACCUAGAAAGGUCAACCGAAGACCUUCUAGCAAUUCUAAAAAAUACCCAUGGCGAGUCAUUCGAUGCGUCGAAACACGCCUCUAUCGGUGACGCCGACAAAGAUUCAGGCAUUGACAUUUCUGAAUUUGAAGCUGUUUUCCCUGAAAUAUUUGACCCAGCCUCCGGAUUCUCGGAGCAGCAGGCUUCCUAUCUGAAAUCCUUAGGAUCACCCGAGAUUCUGCAACAACGGAUAAACUGCUACCAAGAUUUUAACGAGGAGAUAUUGAACGAAGUGGACCUUCUCAAGUCCAAGAACGUGGUGCUGGGUCAGAACUACCGCCGAAUGGUCAUGGCUUGCACAGGCUGGACCGCCGAGCAAGUGGACGAAGCGGCUGAAGGCCUCACGCAAUGCGUUCGGGAGCUGAAUGAGCACCCAGUGCCUGAGGAUGAGGCUAUAGAAAUCCUAAUGAAAGACCGGGGUCAGGAUUGGUAG